AUGGAGAAACCAUGGAAGUGUGGCGACUGCGGGAAAGGCUUCCGUGUCCCGUCUGCCCUGGAGACACAUCGGCACAGUCACACCAGGGAGAAGCCAUUCUCCUGUCCUGAGUGUGGGAAAGCCUUCAGUGAUUCCUCUGUCCUGCUGAGGCACCGGCGGGUGCACACAGGGGAGAGGCCCUUCAGCUGCCCUGAGUGCAGGAAGAGCUUCAGCGAUUCCUCCGCCCGGCUAAGGCACUUGCGGGUUCACACAGGGGAGUGGCCCUUCAGCUGCCUCAAGUGUGGGAAGGCAUUCAACGAUUCCUCUGCCCUUAAGAGGCACUAG